AUGACUCGCAAGCUCGGUGGCGACCUAUGCCUGGAAAAUGCUGGAAAAUCAAAUGGACAAUGCUUCGAGCGGAGAGCCCCUCCCGCAGCAGCCAGGAAGGCAACUCUCCUGGAAGACCUCUGUGCAGAGUUAUGCAAAAAGCACCAAUUCCCUAACACGGAUCUUACGGACUUUCCUAGUUUCAUUACCCUCGGAGUGUGGAGAAUGUUGACCAGUCGGAAGAAGAGACCUGCUCACUCCAUAUUCGAAUGGAGUUGGAUUUACCGACAUAUUCAGUUCGUCGAGCGGGAGGAAUCUGCUUGGCGAGCGCAUAAGACGACCGAAUACAUAAAAGGCGACAACUCCGUUGUGGGGUGCUUGAUAGAUGCGAUAGGUACCGACCUAUAG